AUGGCCCCGAAGUUAUCAUUAAAGCUCGGAGAUGGACGGGAAUCACCGCCUCCGCCGCCAUCCAGUGAGAAAACGCAGCAACGCCCAAUAGAAGGAGCUGCACCGGAGAUAAUGAUGGUCACACCGGGGAAGAGGGGCCCAGAUCCCGAGAAGACUGCGUUGGGAUUACCUGCAUCAGACACCGCUCCGGCUCCAUCAGGAAUCGUCGGAGAUCCUGCCGCACUGGGCGACUUCGGUAGAGAAGAUGAGGAGUACAUCAGUGGGUACAAGCUCUUUGCCGCACUUUUUGGCAUCGUCUCGGUGUUUUUCAUUGUUUUAUUGGAUUUUAGCAUCAUUUCUACGGCUCUCCCAUAUAUUACGAGUGAUUUCCACAGACUACAAGAUGUUGGAUGGUAUGGAGGUGCUUAUCAACUUUCAUGCGCUGCUUUGCAACCUCUUACUGGAAAGCUCUAUACCUAUCUCAGCGCCAAGCGGACAUUCCUCGUCUUCGUCGCCAUUUUUGAGGUUGGUUCCUUGCUUUGCGGUGUUGCGACCUCAUCGACGCUCUUCAUUCUUGGUCGUACUAUCGCUGGGCUGGGAACUUCAGGCCUGGAAAAUGGGGCUUUGACCCUUAUUGCAGGAGCUGUGCCUUUGCAGAAGCGACCGUUGUACACUGGUAUAGUAUUUGCAAUUGGCCAAAUUGGCAUAGUCGUUGGUCCCCUCAUCGGUGGUGUCUUGACGCAAUACGCAAACUGGCGGUGGUGCUUUUACAUCAACCUCCCCAUUGGUGCAGUCUCUAUUCUUUUUCUGUGCUUCACACAUAUCCCAGAUGAGACGCUCAAGCCGCCAUUUUCGCUUGCCCUGUUCCGCAGCAUCAUUCCGAAUCUUGAUCUGACAGGCUGUGCGCUAUUUGCACCGGCCACUGUCAUGUUUCUCCUUGCGCUGCAGUGGGGAUCAGAUGAGUACGGUUGGACCUCGCCCAUUGUCAUUGGUCUGUUCGUCGGUUCCGGCGUGACGGCAAUUUUGUUCUCCUUCUGGGAAUGGCGCGUGGGCGAGAAUGCUCUCAUACCCUUUCAUCUGGUAAAGAAACGGAUCGUAUGGACAAGCACCAUCCACAACUGCUUCCUAUUCAUUACCAAUUCCGUCGGGGCCAACUACAUCCCCAUCUACUUUCAGGCUGUGAAAGGCGUCGGUCCUUCGCUAAGCGGUGUUUACACGCUGCCCUCCAUCCUGGCACAGCUGUUGUCCCUGGUCAUAUCUGGUGCUCUUGUGACAAAACUUGGGUACUACCUUCCAUUCGGCGUCCUUGGAGCUGCUGUGACUGCCGUUGCCUGUGGUCUGAUAUCAACCUGGACUCCGGAUACUAUUACAGCAGAGUGGAUCGGAUAUCAAAUACUCUUUGGUCUGCGCGGGAUGGCUUUGCAAACGGCUGUAAUCUCCAUGCAGAACGCAGUCACGCCAGCCCAGAAUGCCGUCGUCAUGGCAUUUCUGGUAUUCGUGCAGAGCCUAAUGGCGGCCAUCUCCAACAUUGUGGGCAACGCCAUCUUCACGCAAACUUUGGCACGGCAAGUUUCAAUCCUGGCACCAUCGGUGAGCCCUGAGGCGGCGCUGGCGGCAGGUGGGAGUGCCGAAACAGUGCGGGCCCUGUUGCCUUCUGGGAGUCCAGAGCUUGGAGGCCUGCUGCUCGCGUACUCGAAGAGCGUCAAUGCUGUCUUUUACAUGUUGCUGGCGGUCGGUGGAGUUUGUUUCGCCGCGUCUUGGGGAAUGGGAUGGGUGGAUAUCCGAAAGAAGGCGCCGGAAGAAGAUGAAGCUUGA